UUAUUCUGGGAAUAUUCUCGACGCGCCUGCGCGGACGUAUAUCAACAAAGAUGGUUACAAAUGAUUGUCACUACCUACCACUUCCAUGAGGAGGUAGGCUGCUGGUGUAUGCGAUCUCUGAAGCGAAUGAAACGGGGUUUUCUUCAAACACUACUUUAGUCUCAGUUGUACCACAUUCCAAGUGUCAGAUCGGGUCGAGCUACCAUGGGUCUUCUGUCGGAAGGAACAGCUUUGUCCUGGGCGGAGACUAAGAAGUACGCCGAUCAUGUGCGUCGCCACGGCAUCAAACAGUUUCUCGUUCAGUACCAUAAGCUUGAGUCCAGAACGAAAGAUGUGCUUUACUGGGGUGAUGAGGUGGAAUAUCAGUUGCUGAAGUUUGAUCACGUCAACAAGAAAGUGUACCUGGCUCUGAGGGGGCAGGAGGUUCUCAAAAAUCUUCAAGAAAAGACAAAGGUGAAGAACGAGCGUCAGGAAAUUCAAGCUGAGCUCAAUGAUGACGAGGUGCCCCUGUCUCUGACGGCUUUCCCUCUGCUGGGUGUGCGUGAGUUCACUUGGCCCACUGCCAAGACGGACCCAGUGGAUGGAGUGUCAAGGUCGUUGUUCUUCCCAGACGAUGCCAUCAACCAAGGUCACCCAAGAUUUAAAACUCUGACAAGAAACAUCCGCACGAGACGCAAAGAAAAAGUGGCCAUUAAUAUACCUAUUUUUCAAGAUGUGCACACCAAGCGGCCGUUCAAGGAGGAUCUUGCCGCCCUGGGGGAUGACGGGGAAGCGGCCCGAGCCGCCCAACCUGACCACAUCUACAUGGACUGCAUGGGCUUCGGCAUGGGCAACUGCUGCCUGCAGGUCACCUUCCAGGCGUGUAACAUUGAGGAGGCCCGGUACCUGUACGACCAGCUGGCCGGCAUGUGUCCGAUCAUGCUGGCCUUGAGCGCGAGCUCUCCAAUCUACCGAGGCUACCUGUCAGACAUUGACACUCGGUGGCCAGUAAUUGCUCAGUCGGUGGACGACAGAACUCGAGAGGAGCGAGGACUUGAGCCGCUGAAAGAGGACAGGUUCCGCAUCAACAAAUCCCGCUACGACUCCAUCGACAGCUACAUCUCCCCACUGGGCCGAUGCUACAACGACAUUGACUUAACCUUGGACCAGGAACUGUGUGACGAGCUCAUGGCAGGAGGGGUGGACGACCUCCUAGCCCGGCACGUCGCCCAUCUGUUCAUCCGUGAUCCCGUGUCUCUGUUUUCCGAGAAGAUCAACCAGGAUGACGAAAACGACACCGACCAUUUUGAAAACAUUCAGUCCACAAACUGGCAGACCAUGAGGUUCAAACCUCCCCCGCCCGGUUCCAACAUUGGAUGGCGUGUGGAGUUCAGGCCCAUGGAGGCGCAGCUCACAGACUUUGAGAAUGCAGCCUUCACUGUGUUCAUCGUGUUGCUCACCCGCGUCAUCUUGUCUUACAAGCUCAACCUCAUCAUCCCUAUAUCAAAAGUUGACGAAAACUUGAAGACUGCUUUCAAGCGAAAUGCGGUGAAGAAUGAUCAGUUUUAUUUCAGAAAGGAUGUUUUAACAGCAUCGACUCCCCCUGAGUGUGCAGAGCAGUGUAAAGGCUGUGGCGGUGACGAUUACGCAAAGGGAGAGUACACCCUCAUGACCGUCAACGAGAUCUUCCAUGGCAAGGAUGAUUUCCCUGGUCUGCUGGCCUUGAUAAACCUGUACAUGGACAGUAUUGAGAUAGAUGUGGACACACGAUGUACCAUACUACAGUACCUCAAGCUCAUCUCUAUGAGAGCUUCAGGCGAGCUGGAAACGAGUGCGUCGUGGAUGAGAAACUUUGUCACGUCACACCCGGACUACAAGCAGGACUCAGUCGUGUCUGGCGGCAUCGCCUACGACCUGCUGAGCCGGGUGGCGCAAAUCUCCCAGGGGGCCGUGCAGGACCCCAAGCUUCUGUUCAAGCACACCACCAAGUCCUCGGACAGCAUCCCAGCGGCCGUGUCCAGCGCAGAGGCCUUUCUCAAACAGAAGACUCCCAGUGGUUCUAAAUCGGCGGCGGCGGCGCAGAACGAGAACGGUGGGAGCAAGACUCAUACUCCCCCUUCUACUUCUUCCACUUCUACAAGCAAUUCAGAUAGUGUGCCUAAUGGUCAGUAGUGGCUAGCUCGUUUGUGUUGUGUGGGUUUGUGUAUGUGUGUGUGUGUUUGUGUGUUUUGGAGAGAGAGAGAGAGAAAAGUGAAUGGUGAAUCACCUCAAAUGUUUUGAGGUGCGUCCGGUGAAGUGCUCCGAGGUAUAUCUGGUGUAAUUGCAGAUCCUUUAGGCUAAGAUUAAUUUCUUGUCUUCUGCACAUUUUUUUGAAUGAAGGGGAUUGUUGUGUUCCUUUUCUGCAACACCGUGGUAUCUUACUAACUUAUCUUUGGAGAGUGGUAUUUGGACAGGACUUUUUUAUGCUUUCUUGGUAUUCUACUGCAUAUUCAAGAAAAGACAAUGUUCACUUAAACACCUUCGGUGCCAUGAGAUUUUGGUGAGAAGAAUAUGCCUGCAACAGCACCAAGUGGAAGUAGCUUCAGUUUGAGUUGUUUGUGUAAAACAUGUGAGAAAAAAGAGUAAACAAUGUCAAAUUGUUGUGAGUUGUAUAUUUGAAGCAAUGAUUAUUUCUUGCUGCGCUCUGGCCCUGAAAAUCAGGCUGCGCAGGAAGGUAAUUUGGGGGGCGUUUGGAAUCAGACGUCCUUUUCUAAGACGUUUAUGAGAAUACCCAUGAAUGAAAAUGAAUGUAACUUGGCAACCUGCCAGAAGAAAGGCCAAACUUACUAUAUGGAGGCAGACAGUGUUGAUGUUGACAGAUUUCUAGAACAGGUAGUUUGUGUAUCCAGAGCUGAAAGUUGUGGCUAGAUUUAUGGCUCUUGAGCUUGGUAAUUAUCUUCAUUGUCAGGCUGCAUGCUCGCACCAAAAACCCAUUUUUAAAGAAACCGGGUUUUUAAUUUCUUUUCAGAUUUUUUGCUUUCUAUUUUUUUUCAUUUUGCUUUGUUGUCAUGGGACCAUCACCUUCUGGCCCUACGCCUCCAGAGACAGUGCUAUAUGCUGUAGUCGCGCCUGUUUCUGGCUAUAUGCUGUAGUCGCCCCUGUUUCUGGCUAUAUGCUGUAGUCGCCCCUGUUUCUGGCUAUAUGCUGUAGUCACCCCUGUUUCUGGCUAUAUGCUGUAGUCGUGGUUGUUUCUGGCUAUAUGCUGUAGUCGUGGUUGUUUAUGGCUAUAUGCUGUAGUCGUGGUUGUUUCUGGCUAUAUGCUGUAGUCGUGCCUGUUUCUGAUGCCUUUUCCCAAAGUUGUUCUGAGUUAGUGUAGUGUGUAGGCAGGAGCUGUUAUUGUCAGUGAUAGUUGAGAAAAGAAUGAUUUGAUCUCAAAUAGAAAGGUUCUGCUGGUGUCUGUAUGAUUUUAUCUUUUUGUUUAACCAUAAAUGUGUUUGAGACGCGUAUCUAUUAUAUUUGUAUGUAUAGAUCUAUGUAUUUAUACACACAAGUAUAAAUAUAUUUAUAUACAUCUUUCUGCUAUCUGUUUUAGGGACAUUUAUAUUUUUAUCACUAGUGGUCAGAGAAAAAAGAGAAGUGAAUAAAUUUAGACGUCCUUGAGGAAAGAUUUAAUUACAAUUGUAGUCUUUUGCUUUACGUGUUAUGUACUGGAAUUUAGGUUAGAGGUUCACAAAUUUUUAGGGCUGACAAUUAUCGGAAUGGGCUGCCCAUAAUUUUUUGUAUUAUGGAUCUGUGGUGUCCUGCUUCUUUCAUUUGAGGUCGGAAGUCAGCUUGUCUGAAUGUGGCGUAGGAUGUGACGAGCACAAAAGGGGGUUUAAUGGCCUUGGGGUAAGCUUUAUCCGUCUCGUGCCAAAGUGCCUGGGUUAAUGCCGCAUGUGUGUGUGUGUGUGUGCCCAAUAGAUAACCUGGAUUUAUCUAAGGUAUCCAACUUUCUGUAUCGGAGGACAGGCGCAAUAAUCAAGCAUUUAAAUUGUGUUGUUCAUAGUGAUAACCCCUACCAUCGAUUUUGCGUUUUGGACUUGCUUUUAAGACGCCUAGGCAGUUGAAAGUCAGAGCAGUGGGUUUUUCAAUAGACUGUUCAGUUUCUUGCUCCUGUGGAAUAGUCAGGGUCAAGUGUUUUAAUUUUUCUGCAAAUGUGAGUAUAUUAUCAGGGUUCCUGCGGGGUCCUUGAGUUCAAGGAGUCCUUGAAAACUCCUUGAAUUUACAUUCAAGGAAAAAAUCUCCUUGAAAAUUUGUUGAAUAUGAGGAACCUCAUUAAAAACUCCUUGAAUAUUGCCGAAUAGGACGUGGAAAAAAUUUUUUUUGGUCAGAUUUCUCUUGGCGCACAGUCAAAAACGGCAUGAAUUUCUUGACCAGAACUCUUCGAAUUUUAAAAAUUUCUUCUUGAAACCUUGAAAUCUCCUUGAAUAUGGUGGGGAGUUCAUGGCAGGAACCCUGUAUUAUGCACAACAACCCUUUUACAAGCGAGUUGAUACCCCUUGUAAGUGUGUCAAGGUUUGUUGGACCAGUGUGUGGCUGGUGGUUCGUAGAGAUAGAUGUAAAAGUAAAUGGGUGUGUUUUAUAAUAAUGAGGAGAUACUCCCUGUCUGAAAGUGCUUCUCUCAAAAGCUGAUUUUUAUGUUGUUUUGAGUUCACGCUCUGAAGACGUGUCCUAAAUAAUAUUCAGAAAUUUCUAAUGGUAGAUGCCCAUCGCAUUCGUAUUUUGCUAUUUUUUUAUGGGUUUUUUUUUUUUUACGUCUUUGAUAGGCCUACUUAUGUUACCCUAAUGUUCGCACAAACUCUGUUUUUUUUUUUUUAUACGGCUAAACUUGUUACUUAUGUUUUCACAACAUUGCACGAAUUGUAUGUAUGUUUGUUUAUUUUUAAUAUUUGAAUUAAGGAAAAAAUUGUAAGAUUUGUUUAUGUUCCAAUCUAUAUCCUUCUCUUUCAUUUGAUGCGCUUAUCUACUUUACAGAUACGGUAAAAGCUAUGAUUACAACUUUGUCUCAGCUAUGCUUCGUAUAUCUUUAUGUGAAUGACGCAGGCAUACACUUGCUUCUCUCUUGUCUGUUUUUCCUAUCAAAAGGUAAUGUCAACUUAACAAUGCAACAUGGAAUAUUCAAACUUGAAAGUGUGUGUAUGGCUGAGUUUCUUUUUAGUCCAACUGCCUCUGAUAUUUUUGUACCUGCUGUGUGUGUAACUGCUUGACCAAAAGAGCUCGGGUAUUGGCCCAGUUAAUUCUGAGCUACCAGUAUCAGCUGGAAAGUUUAAAAGUUAACAUCAUAUCACUACAUCCAGUUUUUAAAAAAAUGCAGUUCACAAAGAAAAAACAUGUGGAACCAUUUGUAAAUCGUAAAAUACAAAAUAGGAAUAUUUUUUUACAAUUUUGUAUGUUUUUCUUACUUUUUGGAAUAUUUUGCGUUGUGAAAUUGAUUGCAUUUAAUCACAGCCAUU